UUCACUUCACUUUCACUUUAUUCGGCCUUAAUCUCUCGAUGACCUAAGUUGUAGUUGUGUAAACUUUAUCUAAACUAGUGGUGAAAUUCGGUUAGAAGAAAGCAAACAACUGUCACUGUAGAUAACGCGGGAAAGUUCUACUUAAAAAUUCAAAAUGCCUGUUGCGGGAGAUGAAGGUUACGAGAAAAUGGUGAUCUGUCCUUACGAUAAGGCCCAUGAGAUCAGGCGUGGACGGAUGCAAUUCCACUUGGAUAAAUGUCGGAAAAACUUUCCCAACACUGAUAUGAUUCGGUGUCCAUUCAACAGUACCCAUCUGAUUCCAAAGGUUGAACAGGAAUUCCACACCAAAGAGGAGUGUGACAGCAGGACUAACUGGGACCGCAGCAACUUUGAGGUCGGAGAUGUCAACUGUCCUGUCAAGGACUUGGUCUCAGUAAAUGCUGUAUCCGUUCCGGACGCGGACGAAAACUGGGAUAAUUAUGAGUCACCGGUAUCUGUGUUGUCUGUCAUAAAAGAUCAAGCAGCUAAUAAGGAGAUAUUCAGGCUCAAGCAGUGUGAGAGCAAAGCAAAACGCAAAAACUUCCGGAAGCAGGAGAAGGAACGACAUGAAAUUUUGAAAAACGGUGGCACAUUGGAACCUGAUGAUGAAACUGCCUCCUUUGUAACAGCUCAUUCAACUUUAUCAACAAACCAAGAGCCCCUGCGCAAACCGUCUAAGCCAGUGAUGCUCAAAGUGGAGACGCAGGAUCCAGCUGCAGCUAUGGCAGUUUUGAGCAACCAGUUUCGUACGCUUGACAUGGACAUGAAGACGCCCCAAAGUGCUCCUUCUGACAUAUCUUCUGUGUUCAAUGAACCACCCUCAGCAGCCCCGUCCGUCUCAGAUACUGCUUCUGUCUUCCAAAGAUCUGUCAAUUAUGCCGCUGCGUCAGCUUCGCCACGGUCACCCACACAUGCUACUCCUGCUCCAUCGGCUCUCAGCCGUCCGUCCUCCGCUAUAUCCCACAGCAGCCGCCCGUCCACUGCUAUGUCAAUUGCAGCGUCUGUGAAUAGAAGUAGGAUGCCCCCACCGAGUGCCGAUGGAUUUUGCCAGAUUCCUAUCCCAGGCCUUGGCCGCGGCCGUCGCAAUCAGCAAUAGAAGCAUCUAUGAAGACUGUUUUUUUAAUGAGCUUUAGGCGACGUUUUAUUUCAGACUGAUAAAUUUGUGAUAAAAGUUUACAAAAAGUAAGGAAUUUCGGAUACAAGAAAAGUUUAAAUUUUAAGAAUAAAGUCAUAUUUUUAACCCCCUCUGAAUGCAGAUGGAUCUUGAUAUUUUUAAACUAGCAUUAGGUACCGAUUCUUUUCAAGCUGAUAAAUUGCUAAUACAAUUUGUUAGAAAAGUUUAGAUUUUAAGAAUUUUAUUCAAACUCUUAAGACAAGAGUGCAGAUAGAUUUUGCCGGAUUCUUAUCUGAGGUCUUGUUUAAGACACUGAUGUAUUAAGGAACUUUAGGUGCUGUUUUAUUUCCAGACUGAUAAAUUGCUGAUGCAAGUUGUCAGACAAGUUAAUAUUUUAAGAACUGAAACCACGUUUUAAUUCCUUUGUCAGAUAAAAGAUGGAUUUUGUCAGAUUCCUACUUCAGGAAUUAGCCAUAGCUGUUGGAAUUACCAAUAGAAGCACAUUUCAAGAUGUGAUAUUUUAAUACAAAACAUUAGGUAGUGUGUCUUUCCUGGCUGAUAACUUGAUAAUACAAGUUCUCAGAAAAGUGUAGAUGUUAAGGGUUCAAAUUAUACUUUUAACAAUUUUCCUUAGAAAUCUCAGUAAAAAUACUGUUUUAGAUUAGUAAUCUCAGUUAAAAGGUUGAUUGAAAUUUUCUAAAUAGGUUGUUGAUAUAGAUUGUUAGCAAAGUGAAUAUUCUUAUACUUAAAACAAUAUUAUUAAACUUAGCCUUAAGAAAUAUUAGUUAAAAGAUAAUUUUAACAUCAAAUUUGUGUAAGUGCUUUUAUUAAAAUGAUCAAUAUGUGUAGAAAGAAAAUUCUUGUAUGUCAAUUUGUUUCCUGUUAAUGUUCUCCUUACAAAAGGUAUCCAAAAAUAAAUGUCUAAUUUAGUAGGUUAGGUUUUUUCAAAGUACACAUUAGUCUUUUUAUGUUAAAACUUUUUUGUCAGUCAUUUUACAUUCAUAUGGUUACAUUCAACGAUACCGAAACAGAUUUUAAAAUACUGAAAACAUAAAUUUACAUUCAAAAUACAUCCAGAGUUAACUGAAAUCUAGCUAACAUUCAAACUCAGUUUUGUAUCAGGAAUUUUUCUUGAUACAAGGGAAAUUGCUAAUGAGUAGCCUGGUCGUCAUGGAUCAGUCAAAUUUUAAUAGCUAACUACACCAUUGUAAGUUACCAAUUGUGCAUCACACAGUAUUGUGUAUUGUCUAUUUUUCGCUUUUUAUGCUUGCUGUUAAGAAAUAUGCAAUUACUAUUGAUGCAGUGUUAUAUUCUAAAACAUUUUCAGCGUCUCAAUCAUUGGUAAGUGAAAAACAUCAUGCAUUGUUUGUCACCGGAUACACAAAUAAAAUGGACAGUUUGGAUACUUCUUGUAACUGCAGUCGUCGUGUGUUUCUUGUUCAAUAUUGUAUGCCUCUUACUAUCUACACAUCUGUAACAAUCCAAAAUCCCUACUAUCUACACAUCUGUAACAAUCCAAAAUCCCUACUAUCUACACAUCUGUAACAAUCCAAAAUCCCCUACUAUCUACACAUCUGUAACAAUCCAAAAUCCCUAACUGAUACUUAUGUCCUAGGUGUUCUUUUAUUUUCUAUUUUAUGGUGUGAGAAUGUAAGCCAAAGUCAAAUAACCAAUAGGAAUAUAGCUUAAUGGAUGGAGUAUCUACUUUACGGGAGUAAGACAUUAGAAUUUAGAUUUAUUACUUAAAUACUGUGGAUAUCAGAGAGUUGGCACAGCAAAAGCAAUACUAGACUAAACUGUGUAGAAAAGUGCUUAAUUGUACGUUAUAUUUGGUCCAAAUAUGACCACAGGAAAUUAUAUCGAAUUGCUCUUAUAGUGCCUUUGUGCCAUCGGAUAAGUACUUAUAAGUCAAUGGUUAGGUAAGAGAGUUAUGGCGUGUUUUUAUCAAAACUAGUGGCCUUUGUCCAACCCCGGUGUAUUAGAUGGAUAAAAUGAGUGUGCUUGUGCUGUGUAGUUUUGUUACUAUCAAAGUCAGCUUAUUUCAGUGUCAUAUAGACCACCCUACACAAAUAUUUACAUUAACACAGGAUUAUAGAUUAUUGGAUUCUCAUUAAUGUAUUAGAUAUUCAAGUUCAGUAAGUGUCAUAAAGCUACGGAUGUUCUAUCUUACAAAAGUGUAUCAGAAUCAAACUCUAUAAAUUAAAAUAUGAAAACAAAUAAUUUCUUACACUACGGUUAUAAUUUAAAAAAAAAUUAAUUAGUGAAUACAUUUCUCUAAAUUUCUUCAAUCCAAAAUAUCAAACGUGUGCUUGCUUGAGUGUGUGUAAGGGAGAUAAUUUGCAAAAAAACUUCCAUAAUUUUAAAGAAUAAAAAAUAUUUUUUGAAAUUUAUAAUUAUAAAUAUAUUUAUUCAUACAGGGUGUACUUUUUACCAUUGGAGUAACUAAAUAAGGGUUGUUUAUUAAAAUGGUGAUAAAACUACACAUGUAUUCAUGUGUAUAUAAAAUUAUAUAUAUAGACAGGCGAAGACAUUUUUGAGUCAGAAAAUUAUGUAAACGGCAAUAUUUGCGCUCUGCUGUGAUGACAUAUAGUGAUAAUAAAAAUUAUGGUCAUGUUUAAUUUUACCAUUAAUAUAGUAUUAUACAUAUUUUUAUGUAUGUUUGUUCUUAUAUUAUUUAUUAUGUAUAUUUAUCUAUUAUAAAAUUGGAGCAUUUAUAACCGAAUUAGGACUACUUGGUUACCACCACUGUCAACACAUGUUGAAGGCGUUGGUAAUAAAAUAAAAUUACUUUACUGUAUUUUAGUAUGUCGUUAUGAAUUAAACAAUAACAAGAAUUACAUGAAAAAUUUGCUUUUGCCAUGUUGAAAAAAAGUGGAUUUGAGGAAAACUUUUGUAGGAAAACUGUAUCCCAGCUGUACAACACAAAUUAUUUUAGUGCUGCUAUCAGAAACAAAUGUGAAAUUUAGUAUUACUAUUUUUGUUAUUUUUAUUACACACAUAACCAUGUAAAUACGUUUUUUAGGAUUAAGUGUUUAAACUCACAUUAUACUUACGCUUAAUUUAUACUGUGAUUAAGUUGUAUAGUCACAAUGCUAUAUGUAUUACCAAGUUUUUCCUGAAUUAUCACUACUAUAUAUUAUUCAUAUGUAUUAUUCAUUUACCAUUAUAUGGUGGUUUUUAUAUGGUUGGUUAGGUAUGGUGGUUUGUUUGUCACUAUUUUGUUAGUUUUUUCUCCAAAUUCCCACUACUAUAUAUUAUUCAUUGACCAUUAUAUGUGGUGGUUUGUUCGUCUCUAUUUUGUUUCUUGUUCCUUGUUAAAGAAAGACGUUUACAAAAGAAUAUUUUAUAAUGUUAAAAGAAGUAAUUGUAACUUUUCUAUUGGUUAUAUGAGAGUUUUUCAGUGACUGAACAAGAAAAUCUUUUAUGAAAUAAAGCAUUUUAAUUAUGAA